AUGGACUUUCCCAAAAAGAACCCCCCAAAACGAAAAGAUGACAGAAUCAUCCUUCAUUUUGACUAUGACUGCUUCUACGCUUCCGUUCUUGAAUCGCAGAAUCCAGCCCUCAAAUCCCUACCCCUCGGCGUGAAGCAAAAGUCGAUCCUCGCCACCUGCAACUAUGUCGCUCGCGCGCGCGGCGUGCGGAAACUCAUGCGCAUCUCCGCUGCUCGCAAGAUCUGUCCCGAUCUAGUCGUCGUCGAGGGCGAGGAUCUGACGCCGUUUCGGGAUGUGAGCAAAUCGCUCUAUGCAUUCCUCAGGGGCCAUUCAUGGAGCGGCAAGGUCGAACGCUUGGGCCUGGACGAGGUCUUUAUGGACGUGACGGACAUGAUCAACUACAACAUGUCGUGCCUCAACAAGCUGACUUUGGCUGACAGCUUCUUCUGCCUUUCAAAAACAGACCCAGAGAAAGGUUUCUCCUGUGACUUGACCAAAAUGGCGGGCCGCGUCCACGGCGACCCCCCUCCUGCUGGGGAGCAGCAGCUCGAAAACCAGGCCUAUGUGCGGCUCCUUCUGGGCUCGCAUUUGGCCUGGUAUCUCCGCACUAACAUUGAAGAGAAAUAUGGCUUCACCUCCGCUUGUGGCGUGGCUACGAACAAGCUGCUGAGCAAGCUCGUAGGGAGCAAGAAGAAACCGCGGAAUCAGACGACACUGUUGGCCCUGGAGAACGGCUCUGCAGUGGACUUCAUGGACUCAUAUACGAUACGGAAGAUUCCUGGCAUAGGCGGCAAGACAACUCAGCUCUUGGAGAAGAGGCUACUGAAUUUUCACAAAGAGAUCGACUCAUACGAGACCGAGUCUGCACUGUCAGCGCAACAAGUUCGUCUUCACCCGGAAAUCUACCCCGAAACACUUGAGACGUUACUCAGUGGCCCGGGAUCGGAGCAGGGUAUCGGCGUCCGCAUCUGGAACCUGCUUCAUGGUGUCGAUUAUACCGAGGUUAAAGAUGCCAGAGACGUGCCUUCCCAGAUCAGCAUCGAGGAUACGUACAGGCAGUUGGAUUCGUUAGUCCAGAUUGAGGAGGAGCUAAAAAAGCUCGCGAUAUCGUUGCUGAGGAGGAUGCGGGUUGAUCUUACGACGGUGAAUGACGCAUUAACACACAGUUCUUCUGUGGACCAAAACACUCUUGAAGGCCAAAGCCAGAGAUGGAUGGCACAUCCCAGGACGCUUCGUCUGUCAAUCCGUCUGUGGCCUGUCGAGGGUGAGAGGGACGAUUGGAACUUCAGCCGGUCGUCCAAGUCCCAGCCCAUGCCCAACUUUGUCUUCAACCUACAACUCCCUAUCGAGUUCAUCGCAGAACGGCUGGCGACGGAGACAUUGUUUCCCAUGCUCUUGAAGUUCCACCCUGAGAAGGGCUUCAAAUGGAACCUCCAGUUGAUCAAUAUUUGCGUUGCCAACAUGGUGGAGAGUGGCAGUGAAACGGGCUCGGGCGUAGGGAGGGAUAUUUCGGCCAUGUUCCGGAAGCAGGACGACGUAUUGCCGAGGAAGACCACACAGACGGGGAAGCAUCUUGGGAGCAUGGUGACGCAGAGCGAUGCCAGCACUGUGGGCACAGGAUACCUCCAUUUGCGGCUUCAGCACAUGCUCGUUACCAUGAGAUGGAAGAUUAAGGACGCCGAAAUGGACAAUAGGUCUGCGAGGGCGAUGCACGUAUGCUAA